GUACGACACAAUAAUGAUGAGACAGCCAAUUUUAUUUUAUUUCAGUAUCCAACUUGUCCAUUUUGUUGUAAGGUACGAGCAUUUCUUGAUUAUGUAAAGGUGCCGUAUGAUAUCAUUGAAGUAGACCCUAUUCUCAAACAGCAAAUAAGUUGGUCAGAUUAUAAAAAAGUUCCCAUUCUAUUAGUAAAAUCAAGUAAUGGUUACCAACCACUUACCGAUAGUACAAUGAUCGUAUCUGCUCUGGCUUCUUAUUUAAAAGAUAAAACAUUUACCAUUGAAGAUAUUGCAAAUUUUUAUCCAUCAAUAUCCUAUGUUGAUGUAGACGGAAAGAGAAAGACAGACAUCAUGAACAAAUAUUUUAUAAUGAAUGAAGACGAAUCUGAAAAAUCAAAACGUUUAAACUUUGAAAAUGAAAGACAAUGGAGAAAAUGGUCUGAUGAUACCUUGGUCCAUGCGCUCUCACCAAAUGCUUACCGUACUCUAUCGGAAGCUAUUGACUCUUUUAAAUGGUUUUCAAUAGCAGGCGAAUGGGAAAAAAAUUUCCCCUUUUGGGAAACAAGUCUUAUGAUAUAUGGUGGUGCCUUUAUGAUGUGGCUAAUUAGUAAAAAAUUGAAGAAAAAGUACAUGCUAAAAGAUGAUGUACGUCAAUCAUUAUAUGAAGAAUGUAAUACAUGGGUAAAAGCAGUGGAAAAAAAUGGUGGAACUUUCAUGGGCGGUAAUAAACCAAACUUGGCCGAUCUAGCUGUGUAUGGUACUCUUUCAAGUAUCGAAGGCUGUAUGGCUUUCAAAGACAUACAAGAAAAUACUAAAAUAAAUGUGUGGUUUAGUAAUAUGAAAAAUGUUAUAUAAUAUUGUUCCUAUUGUUGCCAUUUCUUAAAAUGCAUUUACAAAAUAAUAAAUAGAAUGAAAAAGGGUCAGUUAUUUAAUUUAAGAAAAUUAGUUGUUCUUUUUAAUUACACUGAAAGUAUUUGUUUUCAACAAAAACUAGAAAUUUGUUAUUAUAUUAUCCUAGUUAACUUUCAUAAUAUUUUAACUUGUAUGUUAACUUUCCCGAAAUUUAUCAAUCAUACAAGAUAGAACAAUAUAAAUAUAAAUAUAAUAUAUAAUAAUGUUAUUUAUAUUAACAAUAUAAAUAACAAUAUAUAUAUAUAGAAAACAUCCUGUAUUGAACUCUUUUUUCUAUUACGAACCGGUCACUGUCGCGCAGCGUAAAUAUUCACUUAGUUAAACUUGAAAUGAAAAUAUAAAACUAACCUUAAUAGUUUUGUGUCCAUAACUUUUAGUAUCUUAAUUUAUGGGUGUAUAUAAAAUAUUUAAAGAAAUAUAUUUUUGUAUAAAAAACAAAGGAGUAAAUGUUUAUCUCUCAUGAGUGAAUGUGGCAUCAAAAACCACGCAAGUAGUGACAGAUUAAUAAAAAACUGUAUUUUAUAUUUGUAUUGUAGAAAAAUCUUUUUAUAUACAAGAAAAUAGUUCAAACUUAUACCCAUACAAUUUUUAUUAUGUUAAUGUAUUGAUAUAUUAUUAUAUUAUUUAUUAUACUUAUAAGUAGCUACUAGGUAUCACAAUUUACCAAAAUAUUCAUCAUUGCUGUUUGUAUUAGAAGCUAUUAAAAUCAAAAGUUGUAUUUUCAUAAAAUGUAUUAUAUUAUUAUGUUAAAUACUCCAAUUAUAACAUUUUCUUUAGUUUUCA